AUGCAAUCCCUCCGCACGCGCAAGCCCUCCGCCUCGGGCACCGGCGGCGGGGGAACACGCCAGGCUACCAUCCGCAAGCCCAACCCCGCCGCGCGCGACCCCGACCGGCGCGCGACGCGGGUGGGCGAGAAGAUGAAGAAGCGGAUGUCGAUGCGCUACGCCGACAUCUCCGCCCCCGCCGACUCCAUCGUCCCGGACCUGCCCCCAAUGCCGAUCGGCGUCCGCGGGAGCCUGUCGCGCGGCGGGCAGGGCGACGCACGGUUCACCGAGGAGCCGCGCGAGGACCCGGCCGUUGCGGACCUCGCGUUGCUGGACAAGGACGACUUUGACCCGGAUGCAUACAUCAAGGUAAAGCUGGCGAACUCGACUGAGUCGGAGCUUCGGCAGCUGCAGUCGUCGCUGCAAGCACAGAAGGACGGCGUCGCGCUCGAUCUCCAGAAGAACGUGUUUCAGAAUUAUGCGGAGUUCAUGCUGGUCUCCAAGGAGGUCAGCACCCUGGAGAAUGAGAUGCUGGAGUUCAAGGAGUCGCUAGCGGAAUGGAAGGGCAUGCCGUCGCUCUUGCACAUCGACGACAACGCCUCGGUUGCUGAGCGUCGACGCAACGUCCGCUCGUCCAUUGCCGACCUUCGCGUCCUCUACGCCAACCAGAUGCAAACCCUCCACAUGCAAAUCGAAGGUUCCUCCAAGUUCGUACCCACCACUCCUGGUCGGCAUAUAAUCACCGAAAUCGACAACAUCGUUGCGCUGAACCCGGCCACGUACAAGGUCGCCCAUUCCGUGCGCUUUGUCCUCCUUGAUGAUGCGGUGCUGGUGGCAAGGAAACGGAAGCGGAGAAACAACGCGGAAAGUGACAAGCUGGUUGCGGAGAAGUGCUGGCCACUAAACGAGAUGCUUGUGUUGGACACGAAGGACACCCCAAACAUGAACAAUGUCUUCAAAAUCCGCCAUGGGAAGGAGACGCACGUGUACCGCACCGACAUCGCGUCGGACAAAAAGAGCCUUCUGUCACAGUUCCGUCACAUCGCAGAGGAGCUUGCUGCCAAGAAACGCAAGGAGCGUGAAGGCGAGCACCAACGGAGGAAGAGCAUGUGGAUGGGCGGAGGCGACCGAGGCUCGGUGGCGUUCAACGGCGACGUCCCCCCUGUACCCGAGUGGAUGGCAGAUCUCGCCAGCAGAGGAGCCGACAUAAACUCGAGCGCGAAGGAGAAGGCAGACAGCGACGCGCGAUGGAUCGGCGACUGGUCCGACGAACUCACCGUAUCGAUCGCGUUGCGGGAGUGGGACCAGGCACUCAACCCGUUGAAGGCGUCGCUCACUAGUGCUCUUCUGCAGAGCCUGUCGGUGCCGUCGAACAAGAAGGGGAAGGUAGUCAGCUUGAUCAGCCUCCUUCUCAGGUUGAAGGCGGGUCCUGCUGCAAGGGUGACGUUCCUGGCCGCACGAGCAGACGUCAUCAAGAAGUGCGUCAGGAAGAUCAUGUUUGAAGGUCACAUCGGAUCGUACAUCACCGACCUGGCCACGGUCGUAUUCACGGGUAUCAAGCACACCGCAGACUGGUUCCUCGCGAGCUUCAAGGAGAACGAAGUCGCCAGCAGUUUCGUCGAGUGGGCGCGCCAACAGAUCGAACUCUACGCCCAGAUGUUCCGUAGACAAGUCUACUCCUCGGACGUCGAACCGCAAACGAUCGAUGACGCGCUCCAAAUCACGCUCGUCCAGUCCAAGAAGCUGCUCGAGGAGUACGGGAUCGACUUCCGCUUCCUCCUCGACCAGCUCCUCGUUGACGGCCCUGCCCCCGCCCGCCCGCCAACGUACCGCGCGCACACCGAGCGCACUCCCGAGCCCCUCCACACGCCCUCGCCCACGCCGGUCCGGUCGCGCUCGCCCGCGCUCAGCGUCUCCUCGACGACGACCCCGCCACGUACCCGCACCCCCGCCGUGCCACCGCUCCCGGACGGCACACUCGCGGUCCCGCAGCCCGUGUCCGCAUCCCCAGGGCGGCCCCCGCCGGUUACGCGCGUACGGUCGCCCGUGCCGCCGCCGCGGACGGCCAGUCAGGCGUCGUACCGCAGCCAAACGCCGUCGAACGACGAUGCACGGUCGGUGCGGGGCGUCGCGGCGCCCGUACCGCUGCCGCCGAGGUCGCGGGAUCGACCUGGGAGCUCGGCAGAGUCGCGGCCUCAGGCGGUUCCGAGGAGGCAGGGAAUGUUCUAA